AUGAGCACAAGAAAACAAAUCCCUAUGGAAGAAGAUGGAAGAUAUGCAGGUGAGGCAGGAAAUUUUGUAUCUUUGCCAUCAGAUAAUACAGAAGGAGGUCCAUUGAAAUGUAUAAUUAGUUAAUUUAAUAGAGCUCUUAUAUAGAAUUAUUUGAUAUUGCAUUAUAAUUAUACUGAAAAAGAAUAUUUUUUAUUUAGCUGUCGAGGGGUGGAUUUUAUUUGUCUCUGGGAUCCAUCCAGAAGCACAAGAAGACGAUAUCUAUGAAGCUUUUGCUGACUUUGGCCCUAUUAAAGACUUGCAAUUGAAUUUUAAUAGAAGGACUGGAGGAUCAAGCACAUACGCUCUUGUAUCUUAUGAAAACUUAGACCAUGCUCAAGCAGCAAUAAGUGAUAUGAAUGGAAGAAAUUUUUUAGGAAAUAUCCUUAAUGUGGAUUUUGCAUUUAAGAAACCUGGAAAAUAA